AUGACAUUACCAAAAAUAGAACAUCCGUCAAUGAGAAUGAACACAUUUGAUCGAGCUAAUUUAGAUGUUCGAGGCAGUUCACGAGCACAAAAUGGUCGUAAUUCGAUUGAACGACCGUCAAAUGAUUUUAUUACAGGUCGACCAUUAGCUAGUGAACUAGACUCUUAUCCACUAUCACCGUCGAGACAACAGCAACAAAAUAAACGUCGACAUAAUUCAAGGUCAUUUAAUGAAGGAAAAUCAAAGCAACAUUUAACUCCUCUAACCGACUAUUCAAAAAUACCUGAUAAUGUAGAAGCCGUAUAUGGAACAGAUUCAAACAAAGUGAGAUUACCCAUAUUUGGAUAUCGUCCCGACAGUACAACAUCAUCAUACAAUGACAAUAAUAAUGGUGGUGGCGGUUCCAAACAGCCACCUCCCACACCAUCUACAAAUCGAAUAAUUAUCGAUGAACUAGAAUCAACUCUUCGUGAAAAAGUUCGAACUAAUUUACACGAUAUUCGAACAAAAUUUAAAAAUGCUGAUCCGGAGGGUAAUGGGUGCGUGUCAAAAGAAGCACUUGGACACAUUAUUGCAGCCAUAUUCGGUCCAUCGAGACAAAUUGGACCCAGUCAAGUAGAUAAAUUAUUGGAUAGAUUUGGUUUGAAAACGCAAAUGAAAAUAAGUUUUGAAGAUUUUACAAAUUCUAUGUUUAACGGUCAGAAUGUGCCCGAUUGGGUUAGACAAUCGCCUCGAAAUUUCAUGUUUGAACAACCAAAACGAACGGCAAUGCAAAUGUUUCUUAUACUCAAAGAAAAAGCAAGAACAAAACACCGCGAUUUAGUAACCAUUUGUCCUGCAUUAGAUGGUGGCCCAUCGAAUCGUAUAUUUAAAGCACAGUUUUACAACUGGUUGAAUGAAAUGGGAUACAAAAUGAAAGAUAAUGAAUUCGAUAAACUGUGGGACAAAUUUGAUACUGAUGGUUUUCACGCUGUUAACAGUGAUAAAUUUAUUAAACGAUUAACAAAUGAUCCAAUAACCGAAGUAAAUCAACGACCACCACAGCAGUCACCUAGACCACAAAAUCAAAACGGAGGAUUUCGAAGUUCAUAUUCUGACACAAAUGUUGAUCAACCAACACAACAAGUACCACAAACAGCCCGUACACAGAGUUUGGAUGAAAAUCAUAUACAGAACUGGCUCAGUUAUAAAUUUCCCCAAGGAUUUGAUCAAUUACAAAAAUCAUUUGAAAAUAUCGAUAAAAAACAAAUUGGAACUAUUCCCCGUGAUCGAUUUUUAGAUGAACUGAAAAAGUUUGGUUUGAAGUUAGAAACAUCGCUGUUAGAAUUUUUUCUUAAACGAAUUGGUGUCGAUGUUAAAGGUGAAAAAAGUGCAAUACCCUACAAGGAUGUUCUACAAGCAUUCAAAGCACGAGUAUCAACAGACAAAAAUAAAAAAAACGACACAAUCAAUCAGUCGUAUGUAUUCAAUAUCAGAGAUUGGCACGGGCCGGGCUUAGGCCGCAGAUUAUUUUUCUUGGGUCGGGCCUGGCCGAACUCAAAAUUUUUAAGCAUGCGUGGAUUUGUAAUUUAUGUGUACACUCGUCCCCGUGAUGAUCCGAGUGAAGAAAAAUAUUUACCUAUUGAAAAACAACUUCAUGAAAUGUUAAAAAUGAAAUAUUCUCAAAUAAUGUCGGCAAUGAAAAAAAUUGAUCGUUCUCAAACAAAUACCAUUUCACACCAAGAUUUUCGAUCCGCCAUCGAAGAUCUGUUCGAGUUUCCAUUAAGACCAGAUGAAUUUUAUCAAAUUUUGAGACAUAUACCACAAGAUGAACAUGGAAAAGUCAAAUAUUUAGAAUAUUUACAACAAUUCAAGAAUGUACCGACGGAAAAAGAAUUGAAAAAACAACAAGAAAAUGCACGAGACAUACAAGAACAAGAUGUCAAUGUACCCGAUUGGGAUUAUAUGCGUAGUGAAGAUAUUCGCGAAAGAUUAGAUCAAGAACAUACUCAUGCCAAUCCAGCGAGAAGAAAAGCAAAGGAAAAGAAAAAACAUCAAGAUGAAUUUGAUGAUGAUAGUUUGACUGGAUUUACGAGAUCUGUUGAUGAAUUAAGAGAAAUUAUCAAAACGUUGAUUCGUAAUCGGUAUAAAGAGAUUGAAGAUGAAUUUAAAAUACUCGAUAAAAGUUCAUAUGGAGAAUUAACACAGGACAUGAUGUUUGAUUUAUUUAAAAGAUUGGAUGUCAAACCCCCGAUCACUCGUUCAGAAGUGAAAUUAUUGUGGACACGGUGUCAUUUGAAAGUAAAUAACAACUUAGAUUUUUACCAAUUUUUAAGAGAAUUUGGCUAUACAAAACGAUCAGCAACAUAUCCAAAUGCUAAACGAAAUCCUCCUCGUCGCGGUGACUGUGAUUUCUUGUUAACAUCACGGAAAUUAUAUGGCGAUAACAUUCUUGUGCAUGGAUCGGCACUAAAUGCUAUUCGUUCAAAUUGGGAUGAAUUACGUCGAGAAUUUAUGGAAUUAGAUCCUUAUCGUACCGGUUACAUUAUGAGCGAAGAAUUCGAUGAUAUUUUGUAUGAAAUAUGCCCGGUGGUGAAUCACGAAGAUUUAGAUACAUUUAAAUUUAAAUUUAAAAUAGGAAAUGAUGGAAGAAUAAAUUAUGUUAAAUUUUUAAAGUAUCAUUCACCUGUACCUGAGAUGAUGGCCCAAGUCGAUAAUAACAUGUCAAUACAAGACUCACCAAGAGCAUCAGCAGACAGAUCGAUUUUAUCGCAAGUGAUGAACAAGCUACGGCGAAAAUUAACUGACAAUUUCAAGCCACUUCGACGUGCAUUUAAACAGCGUGAUGUUGACAAUACAGGUUCUGUUCCUGUUCUUGCUUUUAAAGAUUUACUGAAAUCAUUCAAGUGUAAUUUUAAUGAUGAAGAAUUUUACAUCUUAACAUCGCAAAUUGACACAAAAAUGGACGGAUCAAUUAACUACAACUACUUUUUGAAUAACUACGUUAAACCAACGUAA